CUCUUUCCGGGGAGAUAAUCUACCCCUCUACUUGUCUUCCUUUUCCCAACAUUCACUGCCACUUGCCUAUCCUCUUACAUUGUUUAGAUUCGCAGUAAUGACAGCACCGCCCGCACUACCAGAGCCAGCUCAUGCGGAAUUGGACUCGAUGUUGAGCCGGAAGUUUGGGAAAGAGGUUGCGAACUACUUCUCUGGAUCCCCACUGAAUCGAGUUUCUUUCCUCCGAACCGACCAUGCAUUUCUCUCGCAGGCUCUCAAGCACCCUUCAACGUCUUUCCUGUUAUUCAAUAACCUGAAUCCUCUGGUAAAGUCACCGACCCAGUUAGGCUAUUCAUUAUACAAGGACGUCCAAUCGCUCAUCGGUGAAGACCCAUUCACCAAGUCGGAGGAAGAUCUGAUAAAGGAAUACAACUCGUCAACUUAUAUCCCCCAAUUAAUCUUCCUGGGUCUGGACGACCGGAACAAGGAAGGUUUGGUAUACAAGGACCACUACAAAGGCGCACCAUACUUCGCUCUAGAUGUCACACCGAAAGAGUCCGUCACUACGGCAGCAGAGAGUCUGAUAGCCUCCCUGGAGUCAAAGGGCUUGGAGUUCUCCAAGGGCCGGAUGCACCUUUCUCUUCCGCCAGAAGAAGCUGCCAUAUACGCCGCAGCGCGACACGUUCUCGACUGGAACAGCCGUAAUCCCUUCUGCGCAGCCUGCGGUCAUCGGACCUUCUCCGUCAAUGGCGGUUUCAAGCGGACAUGUCCGCCCGCAGACCUGGCGUCAUCUCUAGACACAUCUUCUGUGCCACGGCCUCCCUGUGCUACUCGGACUGGUGUCUCGAAUCUCUCCUUCCCCAGAACCGACCCCACCGUCAUCAUGGCCGUCGUCUCGCACGACGGUUCCAAGAUCCUGCUCGGUCGGGGAAAGCGCUUCCCACCGCUCUGGUAUUCGACACUGGCGGGCUUCCUUGAGCCUGCAGAGAGCGUGGAGGAAGCUGUGCGCCGCGAAGUGUGGGAAGAGAGCGGCGUGCACGUCGGCCGCGUCGUUGUGCACUCCACGCAGCCAUGGCCAUAUCCCGCUAAUCUCAUGAUUGGUGCUAUUGGCCAGGCUAUUCCAGGAGGUGAGGAAAUUCAUCUCGGCCACGACGCUGAGCUCGCAGAUGCGAAGUGGUACACUGCGGACGAGGUGCGAGAGGCGUUGAGGAUUGGGACGAGUGGUAUCGGUGAGGGUCCGGGGCCCGAAUAUAAGGAAGGAGGUUUGAGACUGCCCCCUGGCACGGCGAUUGCGCAUCAACUGUUGAGUGCUGUGGUCGGCGGGUUCUUAGGGGGUGAGGCUAAGAUAUGAGCACAGUUGAAGGAAAGGCUUUGGAUUACUGGUCAUAUUACUGAUUGAUCUAUAGAAAAGAGAAAUAUACCAUGAGACUAGAGCUCUAGAUACCAGUCAA